CCAUCGAGUCACACCGCAGAACUCGACAUCGAUCCGACUGCAGCUGCGCCGGCGUGGAUACAGGAGGCCUCGACGUUCUUCCGCUCUGUGUCAACUGACGAACGCUGGCUCUUGACGGUGAGCGAGUGGCUCAGCUUCGAACACGCCAUGGGGUAUACGGAGUCCCCGGCCUCACGACUCUCCGCUCAGAAUAGACCUGUCGAGAUCAGACAGUGGUUCCAGAAGCAUAGGCGGUACGACGCGAUCCCUAAGAUCCCGAAGGUCGCCCAGUAUGGCGCCUUAUGCCAGCGGUGGUGGUCCACGCUGCAGCCUUCCGGGCAACCCAAGAACAAGAACGGCAAGCUCUCUCGCAAGCGACUCAGCGAGGACGCGUGGUCCCCGCUGAAACAUGCGGGAUCGAACGGUUUGUUCUUGGUACUGAUGGUCUUGGCUUGGUGGAUCAUAGCGGCG